AUGUCUGAAAAAACACAGUUUGAAUCACUGGAAUCUUCAACCAAUGUUGCAAAUCAUUCUACAAACCAAGAAUCCAAUAUUUCAUCUGAUAUGAAACAAGUAUCUUCUCCCAAAGAUAAUACACCAUGCUUAAAACUCUUUAUGAAGUCUGGUAUAGCAUUAGAAAAAGGAACUAAACAUGAUUAUAUAUGUAAAAGAUGCAAACAGUCUUUCGAUAGUCUUUUUACACUAGUCCAGCAUUUAACAACGCAUUCUGAGAAGGCAUUAAAAAACAAAAAUGCUGGUAAGGUACCUAUAAGACCUUUAAAUAAAAUCCAAAAUCAAAGAAACAAAACAUUCGGUCAACCAGCAAAAACAAACACCGGUAUGCCUCUUUUCACAUGUGAAUUAUGCUCUAAAUCCUUCUCCUACUUGACCAGUUUAAAAAGACAUGUAGCUGGUCACACCAGACCACGUCCUCCCCCUUACAAGACAUAUCAGAAACUCUUAAUAAUAUCUGCACAACAUUCUGAAGCAAGAUGGUAUACAUGUGAAACAUGUGGUAAACAAUUUAGAUUUUUGCAUGAAUUAGAAAAACAUCAGCUUUUCCAAACCACACCUUUUAAAUGCUACGUAUGCAAUAAAACUUUUUCUCAUAUAAGUGAUUUCAGGCAACAUAUGUUUCUUCAUUCCUAUACACGUCCUUUUAAAUGUGACACUUGUGGUAGGGGCUUCAGAAAGUCAGAAGGACUAAGAAAGCAUUCAAAGGUACAUGCUGGGGUCCAUAUUUUCAAAUGUGAGACUUGCGGUAGGGGCUAUGGAACAUCAAAGGGACUGACAGAGCAUUCGAAGAUGCAUGCUGAGAACCUUCCUUUCAAAUGUGAGACUUGCAGUAAAGGCUUUGAACAACCAGAAGCUCUAAAUAAUCAUAUAAAGAGGCAUGCUAAGUACCGUCGUUUUAUUUGUGAGACUUGUGGUAAGACUUUUAUACAAAAGAAGACUCUCAUAAGACACCAGGAGAUACAUAAAAAAGAAACUGUUGUUUGA